AUGCGCCUUUCUUCCUCCCCUCUCUUUUCUUCUUUUCGUCUUCGCAGUUUUCCUUUGCGUCGGUUUAAUUCUUCUUUCCCUCCUAAUCACCGUCUCCUAUCCACCAAAAUGAGCGAAAUCACCCACCCCACCAUCAAGGAUGGCUGGUUCUCCGAGCAGUCCGGCAUGUGGCCCGGUCAGGCCAUGAACCUCAAGGUCAACCAGAUCCUGCACCACGAGAAGUCCAAGUACCAGGAUGUGCUCGUCUUCGAGAGCAGCGACUACGGCACCGUCCUCGUGCUCGACAAUGUCAUCCAGUGCACUGAGCGUGAUGAGUUCUCCUACCAAGAAAUGAUCACCCACCUCGCCAUGAACGCCCACCCCAACCCCAAGAAGGUCCUCGUCAUCGGUGGCGGCGACGGCGGCGUCCUCCGCGAAGUUGUCAAGCACGAGUCCGUCAAGGAGGCUAUCCUGUGCGACAUCGACGAGGCCGUCAUCCGCGUCUCCAAGAAGUACCUCCCCGGCAUGAGCAUCGGCUUCCAGCACCCCAACGUCGGUGUGCACGUGGGCGAUGGCUUCGAAUUCCUCAAGAACCGCCAGAACGAGUUUGAUGUUAUCAUCACCGACAGCUCGGACCCGGAGGGUCCUGCGGAGAGUCUUUUCCAAAAGCCGUACUUUGAGUUGUUGAGAGAUGCGUUGAGGGAUGGGGGUGUUAUCACCACGCAAGCCGAAAACCAAUGGCUCCACCUCUCUCUCAUCGCCGACCUCCGCAAGGCCUGCAAGGAGGUCUUCCCCGUUGCCGAAUACGCCUACACCACCAUCCCCACCUACCCGUCGGGCCAGAUCGGCUUCAUGGUGUGCUGCAAGGACCCCAAGCGCAAUGUGCGCGAGCCUGUUCGCAGCUGGUCGCGUGAGGAGGAGGAGCGGCUGUGCCGGUACUAUAACUCGGAUAUCCACCGGGCUGCGUUUGUGUUGCCGAACUUUGCGCGCAAGGCGUUGCAGUCGUAG